AUGAUCCUCGUUCGCGCUCCCCUUCAGGCGGUGCUCCUUGUCAUCGAAUUUCUUGCGUUGAUGGCACAGGCUGCUGUUAUCAAUCGUGAUGUCUCUGAUAUCCACGCCAAUCGUGGACGUGUUAACCUGCGUGGUCUUGACCACUUCCCUAUUCUAGCAAACAAGCUUGUCGCUCGCGCUCUGUCGACUGAUUAUGUCACUUCGACUUCCACUGAAAUCAGCUGUGCCCCAGAUGUUCCGGGUUGCCCUCGCACUUCUUGGACAUCUGCGGUCCCAACUGCAUCCUCUAUCUCGAGCGCUCCUGCUUCGACUCCUCUUAUUCUGACUGAGUCCUCGACCUCCAGCGACCCAGCUGUGACUUCUGAGACUCCCAUGUCGAGAACCCCUCUUGUCACUCCUGGCAUUUCGCCUUCUGAGUCAAACACCCCUGGGCAAACUGCCCAAGUUAGCACUUCAACUGAUACUGUUGUUGAGCCCUGCCCUUCUGGCUCCAAGACUGGAAUGUCCCCCGUUCCAACUGUGCCAGUCGUUACAAUUUCUAUUGAGUGCUCUCACACCACAGGUUGCCACCCGCCUGCUCCCAGUGUUCCUAGCGUUCCUGGAGCCCCUGGCCUAGGUCCUGGCGCUCCUCCUGCUCCUAGUGUUCCCGCCGUUCCCGGCGCUCCCCCUGCGGGUGCUCCUCCUAGUCCCAGCGUUCCUGGUGCUCCCACCAAGAGCAUUCCUGAUGUUCCUGGCAUUCCCACUGGUAACUACCCGCCUGCUGGUAACAACCCUCCUGUUGGCAACAAUCCUUCCUCCGGUAACAACCCUCCUGCUGGCAACAACCCUUCCGCUGGCGGGCACCCAACCCCCAGUGGAAGUCUUCCCGGCAACCCUACUCCUACCAAGGCAUUCUCUAAGGCUGCCAAGGUCCCGAGCAAGAUUGUCAACAUUGUUGUCACUGGCUUCGUGACUUUGCUUUUCAUUAGCACCUUGUGA